ACGCACUCUAGCGCUAAAACCUCAACGCAGUCCGGCGUGACGUCCCGCCGGGCAGAACACCUGGAACCGGGUUUUCUCUGAUUCCAAGUGUGUGUUGGUGCGCUGAGUCAAAGCCGAAGUUAAGAAGACAUCGUGUCGAUUGGUUAUAGGUCUGAUUUUUCAGGAUUUCUAGAUUCUUACUCUCAUUAAAUAGUAAAGACCUUCUUUAAUGCGAGUUUUGUACGGAAUCUGGACUGACGCACAGAUUUCUUCUUUUAUUCCAUUAAUAUGUGUUGCCUGCUGUACUGAACAUCCACCGAAAUGAAAACCGAUGUCUUUGAUUUACGGUCGCCUCCGGCUUUCAUCUUAAACACAGCACUGGACUAACACGUGAGGAAUCACGCCUUAAAACGAUUGUUUCUUAAACGGAGUCUGGUUUUCGUUGUCAGCUGGUGGUCCCUGACAGCGGCUGGCUGCGGGUCGGUUCCCUGCUUCCACAGCAGCGAUCCGGGGUGUAUUUCAACAGAUGAUCGGAGGACGAAUAGAAGAAUAGACCGUGUGGAUUUCUUACGUAGGCUGUUUCUCAUUGAAUCUCUUACAGAUAUGUAUGUGCAGGAUUUCCCUUUGAAAAUCUGACAGAUUUAUGCAGAUGAGCGAAAAACCGUAAUAAUCUGAAAGGAGUUUGGCGUGACGGACGGACAGAGCAGGGGUCUCCCUGGAAACGGUUAGUGACCCCCCUCAGGGAUGGUCCGUGCUGAGGUUCUGAUCGUGGGACACUUCCGGUGAACAGAUGUUCUCCAGUAGCAGAAUGAUGUUCGGACCAAUGGACGACGUGCACGAGCUCGCCUUCAUCGAGAGGCCGAUCCGCAGGAGCCUCAAGACGGCAGAGGAGAUCGAUCAGCUGACUGUUGAUGAAGACCUAAACGACAUCGAGAGAGCCGUGUACCUGCUCAGCGUGGGUCAGGAGGUGCAGAGAGCGAGCGUCAUCAGUAACCUGCCGAUCCUCGUCCGGCAGAAUCCGGCUGAGACGUUUCGCCGAGUCGUCCCAAAGGUCCGGGAGGUCCUGAGCGGCGCCGGAUCAGAUGUCCAGGUGGCGGCGGCCACGUCCUUCCUCACCAUCCUGCAGGAUGACAUCAUCCUGAUCCACACGCACACCUUCAGCAUCCUGAAGACCGUCCUACUGCACCUGCACCACCCAGACACGGUAGUCAGCAGUGCCUGGUUGGAGACUCUCCUCUGUUCCAUCAGCGCGUUGCCCAAAGAGACCAUCAAACAGGAGGUGCUGAACCCUCUUCUCUACCAGUCCCAGCUGUCUCACUCUCUUCAGGCUCGUCUGGCCAGCUGUCGGAUUUUGGGGAAAGUUGCCUGCAAGUUCGACUCCCACAUAGUGAAGACAGAGCUGUUGCCGUUGGCUCGGUCGUUGUGCCAGGACCAGGACCUGGAGGUCCGAGCCUGCAUGUGCCGUCAGCUGGAGAGCAUCGCCAGAGCCGGCGGGGUGGACACCACCCGCACGGAGCUGCUCGGUGAUCUGGUGGAGUUAGCCGGAGACGAUGAGACCAGCGUCCGUCUCGCCGCCUUUGACACCGUCAUCAACCUGCUGGAGAUGAUGGACGGCGACGACAGACUCCACGUCGUGGUUCCCAUGGUGAUGGCGGCGUGCGAGGUGUCGUUGCAGGAGGACGAAGCCGUCGUGGUGUCGCUGUCGUUCCAGUUUGGGAAGCUUUGCACCGGACUGGCAGGCUGCUUGUCCGAGGAGCAGAGGACCCGGUUGCUCCAGAGGUUUAAGGCUUUGUGUGUCGCCGGUCUGCAGACGGAACGAAACCAGACUGACGGCAAGGAGGCCACGCUGAUCCGCUGCAACUGCUGCUACAACCUGCCGGCCAUGGUGAUGUUUGCAGACUCAGCUCACUUCCUGUCCGAGGUCUACCCAUCCUUCUCUAGUCUUUGCUGUGACCCGGAGGUCAGCGUUCGCCGGAGCGCUGCAGCAGGUUUCCACCAGAAUGGGGGGGUGUUGUUGCAGAAGGUGCUGCCGGUCCAGAAGGAGGCAGCUCGGACCUUCUGCACGUUCCUGCGUUACAACCGUAAACAGGAGCAGCGCCAGGAGAUGAUGGAGCAGCUGAUCCAAGGGCUGGCUCAGGGCCGGAGCUACUGGAACCGCCUCAGGUUCUUGGACGUUUGUGAGACAGCGAUCGAGAUCUUCUCUAGGAAAUACUUCAACAAACACUUCCUCGUCCCAGCGCUGGACCUGGUCCAGGACCCCGUUGCCAACGUCAGGUAUAAGCUGUGCCAGAUGUUGCCCAGACUGCGGUCGUUGCUCCGUCUCCCGACCGACAAACAGCUGCUGCAGAAACUCGACGUCUGCGUCCAAAAGCUUCUCUGGAGAGAGAAGGACAAAGACGUGGUGGCCGCCAUCCGCAAGACGGUUUUGGAACUCGACAAACUGGACAUCACAGAGCCUUUUCACAAGAGACAGGAGAGAGACCUCCUGGACCAGAAGAAGGAGAAGGAGGAGACUCUGCUGCUGGAGAUGGAACAGCUGGAGCGUCAGCAGAGUGACGGGAAACUCAGCUCUGAGAAACACCCAGAGAGACGACGAAGAGACAGUAAGACCAGUCUGUCUGCAACCAAGUCCAUGUCUGUGUCCUCGGCCGGACCCACCUUGUCCUCCGGUAGAGAGAUGAGGAAGGCUAAACUGUCCCGGAGUCGAUCUCUCAGCAGUCAGCCGACAACGUCCAAAGCUGCCAACUCAGACAGACCUCUGAAAGUGAAAGAACUGAGCAGCAUGUCUGGACCUGGGAAGUCCUCCGUGUUAUCAGGUAAAGAUGACUCCUUAAGGACCGCCCACUUCUCUCUGGUGACCCAGUCCUCCUCCUCCAUGCCAGUUCUGAUCCGUAGCAACACCACCAGCCUCCUGGACAGGGCUGGUACCCUGGACCACAGAACCAGUACCCUGGAUCAGAGAGAUCAUAGAACCAGUAACAUGGACCACAGGAACAAUCUAAUGGAGCAGAGAACAGGUAACAUGGACCAGAGAACCAGUACUAUUGACCAGAGAGACCACAGGCCCAGUUCUUUGGACCAGAGAGACCACAGGCCCAGUACGUUAGACCAGAGAGACCACAGCCUGAGUGUGUUGGACCAGAGAGACCCCAGAACCAGUACGUUGGACCACAGAGACCACAGAACAAGUACGUUGGACCAGAGAGACCACAGACCAAGCUCUUUGGACCAGAGAGACCACAGGCCGAGUACUUUGGACCGGCGCAGUAAAACGAUGGAGAGAGGCUGCAUGGUGAAGGACGGCCAGUCCAGAAAGAUGUUGGUAAACAGGAAGUCAAACUCAUUCAGCGUCCAGUCGGGGCGAGACUGAAGACAAUGAUGUCAUGAUACUUCCACCCAGCCAUUAGCCAAUCAGCAUUCAGGGUUCAUGAGUCAAUGGACUACAGAACACUACCCAGAAUGCCACACGACACCAUCUUUCCCUUCGGACAGAAAAGUCCGACAUCUCUUUUGCUUUCUGAGCCCUGUUUAAUUACAUGAUCUCAUCCUGUCAUCUGAUUGGUUCAGUAAACUUCACACAAACAA